GCUAGUAGUUAGAGAGGCCCGGAUGGAGGACGCAGAGGCACGCUGUUGCCAUGGCAGUGUGGUCCUGGCUGCCGCGGAGGCAGGUUCCGGGGUCUCCUUUGCCUCGAUGUGAAGAGCUUAAAAAGAGGAGGAGAGGAGAACUCCCCCGGCCAUCUCUGUGAUCCCAGCCGCCGCAUUUUACACAGGCAGGAGGGAUAUAGAGGGAGAGAAGGGAAGGACGAUGCGGAGAUGUUAAUGGUAGGAUAGAGGGUAAAGGUAAAACGUCUGGUGUAGCUGGGAGGGAAGGUAGGUAGUGAGGGAAGAAGCUUUGUGGUGGCGCCUUAUUCUCUGGAGUCCGAGGUCCACGGAGUCUGGCACUGGUGGGGAAGUCUGGUAACACCUUGCUUCACUAUGUAUGAAGGAUACUCGUCUGAGGGUAGCUUAGACUAAGUUUUUGUCAUAUUCUUUCCCCUCUCAAAGUUCUUGAACGUGGAAAGUAAUAAUUUUGUCCCUGGGAGAAAAAGUCACUCCCGAAAUUGUAGCUUCCAUAAGGAGGCAAUGGUAUUCACUUCGUUGGUGGUAACUUGGGAUCCUGAAUACAGAUUAAAAUUAUCACCUAAAGUCCAUAAAAUAUUUAUCAUCAUACUUUGUGACAGUUUAUGAUUUUUUAAAAACUUACUUAUAGCAUCACAGUCUUGGCAGGAUACACAGGAAUAAUGGGCCAGAUGGUUUCAUGAUGUGUGGAUUAGUUUUUGCUUAAGUACUUACUUUAUAUUAAAAGGCAUUCUCUUUGACGUGCUUUUAGUUCUUAGAUUUUUAAGCUAGCAUAUGUUUAAAACGCUGUAAGACGGGACUCAAUUAUUUAAACUAUUUUUGAAUAUCCUGAAUUCUGGAAGAAAGUUAUCAAAAUUAUGUAUACAUAUGGACUUGGUUUAAGACUCCUGCUGAAAGAUCGGCAGUUCACCUAUCCACAUGGGAUUUACCAGACACUCAGGGAGGAAGGAAUUGAUUUCCGUCUCUUACUACAGUUCCCUUAAAGAGGGUAGAGCUGGUCUAAGCCACUUACCUAGAUUUUUACUGAUAAUAACUGUUGAAAUUUAAAUGUGUGAAACUCACAAGAAUAAAGUAGGAAGCGUUAAGUGAUUUUGUUUGUGUAAGAUGUAUUUUUGUUCUAGCUUGUUGAUUGUGUACCAUAUGGACAGUACCCUGGAGAUGAAGAUUAAAAGAAUUGAAGGGGUUGAAUAUCCUGUGACGCAUUUGAAAAAGGCUUAAGGGAUUUGAUAGCCAGAGUUUGUAAUUUAUGUUCUUUGUUUACUUGAGAACCAGCCAUGAGGGUUUUUUUUUUUAAGUUACAGGAAAAGAAUUGCACUUCAGAUUUGAUGCGACUUAAUUUACUUCUCAGAGUUACCUUAACUAUGGCUUUUUUUUUCCUUUGAAUUAUGGCAUAAUAGUAUGACUUAAAGACCCCUAACCUGUUAAAUUUUUAAUUACUGUGCUUUUAAUUUAUUAUACAGAUCUUAUGUUUUCAUUUUAAAUUUUAGUUUUCGUGUGUGUGGGAUUCUCUGUAAACAAUAAAACAUAUCUACUAAAGUCUUCAGGCAACCAUUCAUUUAUAAGUUCAGAACUAUGUUUAUCAUAAAAUAAGGGAAAGCACUGAAGAGUUCCAAAGAAAUAUUCUUAUAAUAUUUAUGUAACUCAAACAUCUUUUUUUUUUUUUUUUUGAGACUUUUUUUUUUUUUUUUUUGAGACGGAGUCUUGCUCUGUCCCGGAGGCUGGAGUGCAGUGGCGCGAUCUUGGCUCACUGCAAGCUCCGCCUCCCGGGUUCACGCCAUUCUCCUGCCUCAGCCUCUCCGAGUAGCUGGGACUACAGGCGCCCGCCACCACGCCCGGCUAAUUUUUUGUGUUUUUAGUAGAGACGGGGUUUCACCGUGGUCUCGAUCUCCUGACCUCGUGAUCCGCCCGCCUGGUGAUCCGCCCGCCUCCGCUGGGAUUACAAGCGUGAGCCACCGCGCCCGGCCCAAACAUCUUAAAAUAAUAAAUUUCAAGAUCCCUGCUCUGAAAAGAAAACUGAUUAUUCCAAGGCAUUGUGACUGUGAAAAGUACUAUUUUUACUCAUAUUUCCUUCACAAACAGAAAAUGAAUGAAAAUAAAGAUACUGAUUCAAAGAAAAGUGAAGAAUACGAAGAUGACUUUGAAAAGGACCUGGACUGGUUAAUUAAUGAAAAUGAAAAAAGUGAUGCCAGCAUAAUAGAGAUGGCUUGUGAGAAGGAAGAGAAUAUUAACCAAGACUUAAAAGAGAAUGAGACAGUAAUAGAGCACACCAAACAGCAUUCUGAUCCUGACAAAUCUUUGCAGGAUGAGGUCUCACCAAGAAGAAAUGACAUCAUUUCUGUACCAGGUAUUCAACCUUUGGAUCCCAUAUCAGAUUCAGAUAGUGAAAACUCUUUCCAGGAAUCCAAACUAGAAAGCCAGAAAGACUUGGAGGAGGAAGAGGAUGAGGAAGUAAGGAGAUAUAUUAUGGAGAAAAUUGUACAAGCUAACAAGCUGCUACAGAAUCAAGAACCCGUGAAUGAUAAAAGGGAGCGAAAACUUAAGUUCAAGGACAAGUUAGUUGAUUUGGAAGUUCCUCCACUAGAAGACACUACUACUUCUAAAAAUUAUUUUGAAAAUGAACGGAAUAUGUUUGGGAAACUGUCACAGUUAUGUAUUUCCAAUGAUUUUGGACAAGAAAAUGUGCUCUUGUCACUUACUAAUGGAAGCUGUGAAGAAAACAAGGAUAGGACAAUACUGGUAGAGAGAGAUGGAAAAUUUGAACUUCUGAAUUUACAAGACAUUGCUAGUCAGGGGUUUUUGCCUCCCAUUAAUAAUGCAAAUAGUACAGAAAAUGACCCUCAGCAGUUGUUACCCAGAUCUUCCAACUCCUCUGUCAGUGGCACCAAGAAAGAAGAUUCUGCAGCAAAGAUUCAUGCUGUCACUCACUCAUCAACAGGAGAGCCGCUGGCUCAUAUCCCUCAGCCACCACUCAACCGCAAGACUUGUCCAAGCUCUGCUGCCAACUCAGAUCGAUGUAAAGGGAAUGGGAAAUCUAAUCACAGGACACAGUCUACACAUAUCUCACCAGUGACUUCAACAUACUGUCUUUCCCCUCGACAGAAAGAACUACAAAAACAACUAGAACAAAAGAGAGAAAAACUGAAAAGAGAGGAAGAGCGACGAAAAAUAGAAGAAGAGAAAGAAAAAAAGAGAGAGAAUGACAUAGUAUUUAAAGCAUGGUUGCAAAAGAAAAGAGAGCAGGUCUUAGAAAUGAGGAGAAUUCAGCGAGCAAAGGAAAUUGAAGACAUGAACAGUAGACAGGAAAACAGAGAUCCACAACAAGCUUUUCGAUUAUGGCUUAAAAAAAAGCACCAAGAGCAGAUGAAAGAAAGACAGACAGAAGAACUAAGAAAGCAAGAGGAAUGUUUAUUCUUCCUUAAAGGAACAGAAGGCCGGGAAAGGGCCUUUAAACAAUGGUUAAGAAGGAAACGGAUAGAAAAAAUGGCAGAGCAACAAGCUGUCAGAGAGAGAACUAGACAGCUCCGACUAGAAGCUAAGCGUUCUAAACAGUUACAGCACCACCUAUAUAUGUCAGAAGCCAAACCUUUUCGUUUUACUGAUCAUUAUAACUGAACGUUUCUAUUAAAUAUUUCAGUGGGCAGCUGCUAUCAAAAUUUUGGAUAUAAUUUCUUAUGGUCUGUGUACUUUGGUUGUAUUCUAAAUUAUGGAAAUGGUAUUUAUCUUUUAUUGACAGUGAAUUUGUUUUUUUAAUACUAGAACAAAAUAAAUUUUUUUCUCACAGC